AUGACUGUCGAAAUUCAGAACGGCGUCGGCCACAAAUCAGCCUUGCCCUUGGUGCAGAAGCUCUCCAAGGACCAUGACUUGGUGCUCAAGACCUUCCGGUUGCUCAUUGCCGACCUUUGCCAGCAGUUCAAUGGCGGACACCCUGGUGGUGCCAUUGGUAUGGCUGCGAUCGGUGUUUCGCUGUGGAAGUAUGUGAUGCGCUAUGCACCCCACACUCCGGGCUUCUUCAACCGUGAUCGCUUCGUUUUAUCCAACGGCCACACUUGUCUCUUCCAGUACUCUUUCCUCCACCUUACUGGCUACAAGGACAUGACCUUCGACCAGCUCAAGUCCUACCACUCAGAUCGCGUAGAUGCGCUAUGUCCCGGACACCCAGAAAUUGAACACGAAGGAAUUGAAGUUACAACCGGACCCCUGGGCCAAGGUAUUGCCAACGCCGUCGGUCUUGCGAUGGCAACCAAGAACCUCGCCGCAACCUACAACCGCCCCGGCUUCGACGUGGUGAACAACCACACCUGGUGUAUGAUCGGUGACGCUUGCUUGCAGGAGGGUGUCGGUCUUGAAGCCAUUUCUAUCGCUGGACACUUCCGCUUGAACAACCUCACGGUCAUCUAUGAUAACAACCAGAUCACCUGCGAUGGCUCCGUCGACCUUACCAACACCGAGGAUGUGAACGCCAAAAUGAUUGCCUGUGGCUGGAACGUCAUUGAUAUUGCCGAUGGCUGUUUCGAUAUCGAGGGUAUUGUUACCGCGCUCGAGCAGGCUCGCGCAUCUACCGACAAGCCCACUUUCAUCAAUGUGAAGACUGUUAUUGGUCUUCACAGCAGCGUCGCCGGUACUGCGAACGCUCAUGGUGCUGCCUUUGGCGCUGAGAGCAUUGCCGAUAUGAAGAGUGCCUAUGGCUUCAACCCCGAGGAGCACUUUGUCAUUGGUGAGACUGUGCGCCGAUUCUUCCAGGGUUUGCCUGAGCGUGGAGAGCAAUGGGUUCAGGAAUGGGAGCAGCAAGUCAAAGAAUACUCUGCUCAGCACCCUGGAAUUGGAGCUGAGUUCCAGGCUCGCGUUCGUGGAGAGCUUCCUACCAACUGGCAAGAGAAGAUCCCCGCCAGCUUUCCUGGCAAGCCUACUGCUACUCGUGCUGCGUCUGGUCUGGUGUUCAACCCCAUUGCUAAGGAUGUGAACUCUUUCAUGGUUGGUACUGCGGAUCUCUCCCCAUCUGUGAACAUGAUUUGGCCUGGCAAGGUUGACUUCCAGCAUCCCGACCUCAAAACAACCUGCGGUAUCAACGGCAACUACUCUGGCCGCUACAUCCACUACGGUGUCCGUGAACAUGCUAUGGCUGCCAUCUCCAACGGCCUCGCCGCCUACUCCCCCAACACCAUCAUCCCCGUAACAUCCACCUUCUUCAUGUUCUACCUGUACGCUGCACCAGCAGUGCGCAUGGGCGCCCUCCAACACCUCCAAAUCAUCCAUGUCGCCACCCACGACUCAAUCGGCAUGGGCGAAGACGGCCCAACCCAUCAGCCAAUCGAGCUAGCCAAUCUCUACCGCGCCAUGCCAAACCUCCUCUAUAUCCGCCCCGGUGAUAGCGAAGAAACAGCCGGCGCCUGGCUCGCCGCCAUCGGUGCCAAAAACACCCCCAGUAUCAUUUCCACCUCCCGCCAGACUCUCCCUCAGCUCUCGCAAACCCGCCGCAACAGCGUCGCCCUAGGCGCAUACGUCCUCUCAGAGGACGAGUCAGCAACCGUCACUCUUAUCGGUGUCGGCGCCGAGCUCUCCUUCGCAUUGGAAGUCGCCGAGCAACUCAAGACAGAGGGUAUCAACGCCCGUGUCAUCAGUUUCCCUUGCCAGCGCUUGUUCGAAAAGCAGUCACUACAAUACAAACGCGAUACCCUCCGUCGCCACCUUGGUAUCCCCGCUGUCGUUAUCGAGCCCUAUGCUCCUAACGGUUGGGAGCGGUAUGCGGAUGCCGGCAUCCAUAUCACUCGCUUCGGCCACAGUUUGCCUGGUAAGGCGGCUUAUCAGUUCUUUGGUUAUGAGAUUGAUACUAUGACUACUAAGAUCGCCGGUUAUCUGAAAGAAAUUAAGGCUGAUGAGUUACUUCGGGGCGAGUUUGUUGAGCUUUGA